ACAACCAGCUGACUUCCGGCAUCUUCUCGUCCAUUAGCCACUGAUACCCACAGUCAACGAUACCCCUCUACACUCGAUAUUUUCCUCAUGAAAAGGGCUGCCCACUGAUUUGUCAAUUCAACUGAAUGCAAAAUUCCAUCACAAUCAUCAGAUGCAGGGCUUUGGCCCCGACUCCACCAGUUGAAGCACGCCCGUCCUGUCCUCUCUGCUCCUCGUCCACGGCCUUCCUCCUCACUGAGCCAUGACCACCCAGAGGGAUCUUGAUAUGGUGCACCUCCGCCUUAUCCUGGUCAGUGGUAAAACGCAAGACUUCACUUUCUCCCCAAAUGACUCGGCCACAGACAUCGCCAAGCAUGUGUUUGAGAACUGGCCUGCAGGAUGGGAGGAGGAGAGGGUGAGCAGUCCCAGCAUACUGCGCCUCAUCUUCCAGGGACGCUUCCUUCAUGGCAACGUUACGCUCGGAGCUCUAAAGCUGCCGGCGGGCCGAAUCACCGUCAUGCACUUGGUUGCCAGAGAAACUCUUCCAGAGCCGAACUCUCAUGGUCAGAGGAACAGAGAAAAGACCACAGAAAGCAACUGCUGUCUCCUCUUGUAAAGCAACAGAAAUGACCCUCCACCCUAACCAUACACACCACACAUAUACACACACACAUACACCACAUACACCACAUACAAAUAUAAACAUGCACACACUCUGUUUUCUUCUGCCUGUCAGCUGUGGAUAUGGAAUAACUCACAGGAAGUCUGUUGGGGCCUGUCACCCACUUUGGUUGUCCAAUCUGAGGCUUUUUAUGUGCCAAUAUAGUCACUUUCUGCCCCCCAAACUUUUACAGUUUUGGUAGAAGUUGCUGUAGUUGUUUUUGAUUGUUUGUUUGUUUAUCUUAUGAUUAUGACAUUUAACAUUACCUACGGUCCCUGGCAGCAGAAAUAUUUGUUGCUGGAAGUUUGAAAGAGUCGUCAUAUGGAGUGAAAAUGACAGAAACUCUUUGCUCUGGACACAGAAUUGCUAUCAGUGAUGUGUGGACUUAUGACCCUUCCCUACUAGUCAGGUGGAUUUUUCCCCAGGUCUUACUGAAUGGUGUUAACCUUCUCAUUGCACUUAACCAGUCAGUUCAUUCAGAGGUGUUUAUUGUGUUUCAUCCUUAUCUUCUUUCCCCUAUUUGUGUUUUUUUUUCUUCUUCUUCUUUUUUUUUGUGGUCACAGGAACAGACCUUAAUUCAUCAUGUGGUAGAAAAUGUGCCAUCCUCCUCAUGAGACUGUUUCUGCCUCUUACUAACUGAACCGUUUGGUUUGUAUCAGCACCAGUGGCGUUUGUGCCAUCACCUUACACCCAUUUGUUCCUGGCAGAGAGCCAGUGGAGAAAAGACUUUUAUUGGGAGGAGCUGUGUAAACACCUGAGGGAUGUGCUGGUCUAUGUGAAACAGGAACAGACGCCCGGCGAGGAUACGGGGAAUUGCUUGCGUGCCGUCAGGUGUCAUGUUCGCACCUCUGGCUUUGACUUUACGGACUAGACUGUCAAUGCUACCCGGUAACGGGAGCCGAUGCAGCGGGCCAGUUAAACGCAGACAGAAGAAGCAGUUGAAGAUGAGAGGGAGGAGUGUCGCCGCUGUGAGACCCCUCCUCUACUGGACACUGAGAGCAGGGCGAGGGGGAGUGUUUCUUCCACUUGGAUGAAGUUAAAGGAAAGGAGUUAAAAGGAAGAUUUUGGUGAUGUUUCACCUCCUUUUCAUUUGGAUGCUGUCUUUAAUUCUUGUUUGCCUUUUAUCGUGGAAUUCAGUAAUAUCAUUAAUAUUGAAAUUUAAAAAAUAUCAAUUUUUAUCUUGUGUAUAGGUAUUUGUUCAGUUUUAGUGUGGGUGAGUUUGUGUGUGAGUGUGUCUGAGGGUGUACUGUAUGAGGACUAGUGAGGGCAUGUGGUCGUUUAAAAACAAAAGGUGGUGCACUGUAUGCGUUAAUGGGCUGUGGUUUCUUCAGAAACGGUCGGAAACCUUUUAAUUCCUUCCAUUGAGUGUCCUUUGGUUUGUGUUUUGUCAAUCAGUGUCACUGCUAUGAAGUUUAGCUCAGUAUGAAUACAUGUAAAAACUAAAAAUGCAAUGUGGUCUACAUAAAAGCUUGUAUUAUAAAUUAAUAAAUCUUUAAAUAAGGCAAA